AUGGUCUUCGUCUGGCUCGCCGCCUUCUUCCUCGUCGUCACGCUCAUCGUGCUCGUCAUCUUCCAGUUGAUGUGCUUGGCAGAUCUGGAGUUCGAUUAUAUCAACCCGUUUGAUUCAUCCUCUCGAAUCAAUAAAGUGGUUAUGCCAGAAUUUAUAGUGCAAGCACUUCUAAGUGCAUUAUUCCUCUUAUCUGGGCACUGGGCGAUGUUUCUGCUUUCUGCCCCAAUGGUGUACUAUAAUUAUACAUUGUACGAGCGGCGGCAGCAUCUUGUAGAUGUGACAGAGAUAUUUAACCAUCUUUCACGGGAGAAGAAGCGCCGUCUUUUUAAGAUAGCUGCUCUUAUCGUCCUCCUAUUCUUGUCCUUGUUCUGGAUGAUUUGGAGUGUACUGGAGGAGCACGAGUAG